AUGGCCAAAGGAAGUGUCACUUCACUGAUAAUACAAAUAUUGUUAUUCAAGUGCUUGACUCUUGACAAUUGUGUGGCCCGCAGAUCAUCACCGGUAUUCUCGGCUUCWCUUCCCGGCAGAUGUCCAUCGCCUCCGUGUGAAUGUGCGGCCGACGAAUUCAACCGCAAACGGGUUAUCUGUUCUGCGGGAGGUUUGACAGGAAUUCCCGUCGAAAAAAUGGAUAAAGAAAUUCAAGUACUUAACAUAACAGCCCCCGAAAGUAAUGCCAAUAAGAUAGCGUUGGGCCGAAUAUUUCUGGAGUUACACCAAUUAGAAGAAGUGCACAUUACGUACAGUAAUCUACCGGCAAUUGGCGACUCAUCCUUCUGGCCGGGAAAGGCACUCAAACUACUCAAUCUAAGUCAUAACAGUAUUAGUAUCGUAAGAGACAACGAUUUCAAUCAAUUAAACAAUUUGCUGACACUCGACCUGAGCGACAAUCAUCUGUCUCGGGCACCGUCGGCUGCGUUUCGCUAUUUGACAAAUUUAACGACACUAUCGUUGGCCAGAAAUCGAUUUACAAAACUAGUUCCGCGAUUAUUCUUUAAGCUCGAUAAUCUUCAAGUGCUAGAUCUCAGCGGUAAUCCAUUGCGGGAAAUAUAUGCCGACGACUUCAAAGAUAUAAAAAAUCUAACGGUUCUUAAUUUGUCGAAAUGUCUGUUAGAGAAAAUGCAUUCUCUCGUAUAUAAAGGUCUUCCAAACCUAACAUAUCUCGACUUAAGUUAUAAUCAAUUUGUUUAUUUGGCGUCAAAUGAGUUCAAUUUAUUGGUAAAAUUAAAAGUGCUUCUUCUUAAUGGAAACCGAUUAUCAGUACUAUUGGACAAUACGUUCAGUGGUCUUCACGGACUCGACUUUUUGAAUCUGUCAUCCAAUCAGAUAAAUGCCAUCUAUUCGUGCACUUUCUGCAACUCAAGCGUUACAUCACUGGACAUCUCAGACAAUAAGUUUACGUCAUUUCAGACCAAAAUUCUUGAGCCGUUAUCUGAUUCAUUAAGACAACUGACUGCUAACGAAAAUCGACAAUUAAUUGAUUCGACAACAAGUGUGGCAUAUCUGAUACAACCGCUUAAGAGGUUAAAUCAUUUGUCACUUGCAUUCAAUUCAUUGGAUGAUACCCUCAUUGACUCCACUUUUUAUAAUUUGGAUUCAUUGUUAUCAUUGAAUCUUACGUACAAUAAGUUUGCAAACAUAAGCGCCCGUCUCUUCCAUCCACUAAUUAAUCUAAAAUCAUUGGAUUUAUCGCAUAAUCAGAUCUAUGGAUUGGGAUAUCAACAGUUUGCUCAAAUCAAUGCAUUGUCCAAACUGGAGGCCAUCUACUUAAACGACAAUCCCUGGUCUUGUUUUAGAUGUCAUAUAAUGCCAGCCAUGGAAUGGAUCGAUAGUUCUCCCACCGCUUACUUCAAUGUAUGCCAUCGUUACUCUAAAGAAGUGUCUCGUCUUCAGCAUUGUAUAAAGUGUUUGUCACCAUUACAACUAUCCUCAAGAUAUUUACAUUUACUCAAUCAGUUUGAUCUCGAGUGGUGUAUUGAUCCAAAUGUUCAAUUAAGACUCACUGCUUCAGAGCCACAAAUUGGACUAAUUUUAGCCAUUUUUAUAAUCAUGUCAUUAGUUUUUAUUAUAAUUGCAGUGAUUGUCUUCUAUAGAAAACAAGGAGCAGUUUAUUAUACACACGAAGACGAUCUGUUUAUUGAUGAAAAGAUACCGGUGCCACAAGUAUUCAGUGUAGCCGCACAUACAUCAGUCAAACAACCCAUCCAUUCUUACAUGCAGUCACCACAACCACCUCCACCACCACCACCGCCGCCUUCAUCACAUUUCCCGCCAUCGCAAUCAUCAGCUGUUCCUCAUUGUAAAUCACAUCAACCAUCACUACAUUCAUCACCAUCAAUGAGUCCAUCAUUAACUUCAAAACCAGACUCACCAAAAGCUGGUCCAUCAUCGAUACCUCCAUCAGUGAUUCCGGUGGUUGUAAUGGACACAAACGGUGCUCCAGAGAGACCAAUAUUAUCGUCACAACCAAUGACUACAACAACUAUGAGAAUAAUACGACCAAAAGUUCAAAUAUAUAUUUAA